AGCUCCGUAGCUGGAGGACUCUCAGAAACCGCAGAGAGCCGGACUUUUACGCACGGAGGCGCGGGCUUGUUUUUACUUUCUUUUCCACGCACUCGAGGAUAACAACAACAACAAAAACAUGAUCAAGAAAAUGUCUCCAUCCGAGAGCGACUUUGACAUCCCUACCAAGAACUGCUACAGGAUGGUGAUUCUGGGCUCCACCAAAGUGGGGAAAACCGCCAUCGUGUCCCGGUUCCUGAACGGCAGGUUCGAGGAGCAGUACACCCCCACCAUCGAGGACUUUCACAGGAAACUCUACAGCAUCAAGGGGGACGUUUACCAGCUGGACAUACUGGACACUUCAGGGAACCAUCCUUUCCCCGCCAUGAGGAGACUCUCCAUCCUGACAGGAGACGUCUUCAUCCUGGUCUUCAGUCUGGACAACCGGGAGUCCUUCCAGGAGGUGCAGCGGCUCAAGCGGCAGAUCUACGAGACCAAGUCCUGCCUGAAGAACAAGAUGAAGGAAAACAUCGACGUYCCUCUGGUGAUCUGCGGCAACAAGGGCGACCGGGACUUCCACCGGGAGGUGCAGCAGGACGAGAUCGAGCAGCUCGUGGCGGGCGACGACAAGUGCGCCUACUUCGAGAUCUCGGCGAAGCGCAACGAGAACGUGGACAAGAUGUUUCAGACGCUGUUCGCGCUGGCCAAGCUGCCGCACGAGAUGAGCCCGGACCUCCACAGGAAGGUGUCCGUGCAGUACUGCGACCUGCUGCACAGGAAGUCCCUGAAGAGCAAGAAGAUGAAGGACAUCGGGGAAGCGUACGGCGUGGUGACCCCGUGCGCGCGGAGACCCAGCGUGCACAGCGACCUCAUGUACAUUAAGGAGAAGGCCAUAGGAGCGGGGCAGGGCAAAGACAAGGAGAGGUGUGUGAUCAGCUAAAGGCACACCAAGGCUGCAAGAGGGAGAGAAAAUGUUCGCUCCGAGGAGGCACCGUCCGUUUGAGAGGCGCUCAGCUCGGCCGGCUGCGCUCCAGUCACCGCGGGACGUUUGGAGGCGCCCCGGGACUGCCGCGCGCCGUUACCAUGGACACGUGAUGCGUUUGAAGAAGCUUGUUCUGUCAGUCAGAGUCACGUGGCUUCUGUGAGACUCGCUCGCAUCUGUUGUGUUCUGCCUUUUUUUCUGUACAAGACACUCAUGGCUCAGGAGAUGCAGUGUUAGCUGAAAAAAACAACAACAACAUUGUUUAAAUCUGAUUGUAGUUUUGUAAACACUUGAAUGUUCUGUUGCAAUCUCAUUUUUGUGAAUGUUUUUUAUUGCCUGGCAAUUGUUUUUGCAAUGAACWCAGAAAAAAGUUAGAAAAAGUCUAAUAAAACAAACUGAAAAGUA